AUGGCAGGAGAGCCUAAGAGAUGCAACCCGAACCUUUAUUAUCACUAUCAUCAGGAUCAUGGGCACAUGAUGGAAGAUUGCGGGAAUUUAUGGGACCAUUUGAAACAGCUGGUCCGAGAGGGGAAAUUGAAGCAACUCUUGUAUCAUUCCAAUGGUAGGGUAGGCCAGGUUGGCUCAGAGAUGCAUGGGGACACUUCUUUAAGACUCCCCCUUAGCAUAAUAAACGUUAUUUUUACCGCCUCAGGGAAGAUUGGAUCUUGUUCUUCUAGGGUACUGUCGAUGUUCCGACUUCCAACCGAGGAGCAUUGCCAAGCGUCAAAAAGAGCCAAGGUGGACAUCCCCUUGAUUUUGGGCUUUUCGGAUGAGGACAAGGUUGGAACUAUACAGCCCCAUGAUGAUGCUCUGGUGGUCAUGUUGAGAAUUGGUGGGUACGAUGUAAAAAGGAUGAUGAUUGAUCAAGGUAGUGCUAUUGAUAUAAUGUACCUAGAUUUGUAUAAAAGGCUAGGUUUGAAGCCUGAGGACUUGGCAGCCUACAGUUCCCCUCUGGUUGGGGCUAAACUGCCUUUGUAA